CUACACCGUAAGGCGUCAUAUGACACAGGUUUGUGCUGGGACAGCGCUUCCGGUGACGACACAACGAAGUGAAGCAGUGUGCGAAAUAUUUGUACUGAUAUGAAUUCGGCGGAUAUAUUUGUAUCGACCGUUGGUAGUUUGCAUAACAUGGCUAAAAAAAGAAUACGAGAACAACAAUUUAUUCGAAUUUUAUUCCUUUUUCGACGAGUACUGUGCGGGGCAAGGUACGAAUCAAUCGGAAAGUAAAUAUUAGAUUCGUACCUUGUCCUUUGAGGCUUGUGCUUCCUUCGUCAAAAACCAUUGAACAAUCUACGAUCUUGGGGAAAGCCGGGACUAAGGAAUUGUGGGUAAAAUUUAACAUGGCGACAAGUGUUGUUGAAUAUUUUACUGAACAUGAUGGACAUCGGUGUGGUUACUGUGGAUCGAAAGAUUCUAAUUAUUCACGUGGUAUGUGGGCACAUAGUUUAACAUGUGAAGACUAUGAAGAUCUUAUAGAUAGAGGAUGUAGAAGAAGUGGAAAGUAUGUAUAUAAACCAACAAUGGAUACAAUGUGCUGUCCAUCAUAUACCAUACGUCACAAGGCUUUGGAGUUUAAAAUAUCAAAGUCUCAGAAGAAAGUCUUGAAGAAAGUUACCAAGUACUUGACAGUUGAGAAUUCAGGCAUUGACAAGAAACAAAAAGACGAUUCAUCUGCUGCUGAAGUAGUUAGUAAAGAAAAAACUCCUGGAGAUGACAGAACAAAAUUAGAAACAGAAAGAAGGAAUUGUAAUAAAACAAGUGAAGAUAAUAUGGAUGGAGCAUGCGUCUCAAGAGAACAAAUUAAGACAUCACCUCCUUCAGUAAAUGUUAAACCACAAUUCACCCGAUUCCUGGUUGAUUCUCCUUUGGAGCCCGGUGAUGAAGAUGAUAGUCUAGAGCACGGAUACGGUUCCUUUCACCAGCAGUACUGGUUAGAUGGUGUGUUAAUUGCAGUGGGUGUCAUUGAUAUACUACCGCAUUGUGUGUCAUCUGUGUACUUAUAUUAUGAUCCUGAUUAUUCAUUCAUGUCACUUGGUACCUACUCUGGAUUACAAGAGAUUGCAUUUACAAGGAGUUUACAAAAGAAAGCCCCAUCGCUAAAAUACUAUUAUAUGGGUUAUUAUAUCCAUACUUGUCCUAAGAUGAGGUACAAGGGACAAUACUACCCAUCAUUUUUACUGUGUCCGGAAGCCUAUACCUGGGUAACUUUGGAGAAAUGUACACCAAAGUUAGAUGUUACUCCAUAUGCGAAGCUCGAUGAUAGUCACGCAGUUGAUGAACCAGUGGAUACGAGUCAAGUUAUGGUACUACAUCAACGCCAAGCCAUGCCUUAUAUGAUUUACCGUGCUAUCAAACGUAAUACAGAUGAUCACCAGACAGUUGAGCAGUAUGCAAAGAUUGUCGGUAACAAAUUUGCUAAUAAUGUGUUACUUUACAGAGCGUAAUGGCUCGUUCCUCAAACCACAUUUUGGCCUGACCUCUACUUAUGUUAUGGGAUUUACAGCGUGAGUGAGUGGAUAUUGUCUUUCAGUAACUAAGUAAUUAUUUUCUGAUUAGCUUAGAAUUCUGUCAUGUAUCAGUGUUUAAAAUUCUAGAUCACAUGGUCACUCAGCAGUUCCAGUUUAAUAUUCGAAAGUCACUCAGACACAGUAGAAAAUAAGAAAUAGAAAUAAGUCAAGGAUUCAGGAGGGAGGAAUCUAACACUGAAAAGGAGCAAGAAAUGAGGUGCAUCAUAAUGAUCAAAAAAAUACUGUACACGAUUUAUGCCAUGAAUGAAAUUGUAAACAAAUCAACAGAAUUAUUUUAACAAUAAGUGUUACAAAUUUGUUAAUAUGGUCCUGCUUGAAAUACACUUGUAUUUCUCUCUACAUGCAGUGUUUGUGCAAGCUCUAUUACUGAUGUUCAGGGCAGGGCUGUGGUACAUGUACUAAUAAAUUAUUUUAUAUUAAAAAUUUUAUGUCAAAUUGAUUUUUAUAAAGAUAAUGUGCUUAUACUAAUAUUUAUUGUGUACACUUUCUCAGAUUACCAUAAAUACAAAUUUCUCCACAACAAAACUGCAUAGUAUGAAUAUUAUCAGAAGUUUUAUACUGUAUACUCUAUUCUUUUCUAUUAGAAGCCUAUUUGCUAAACACAUCACUGACUGAUGUUGUUAUUUUCCAUUCAUUUUGAUAUUCAAGGAGAC